CAUGUGGCUCGGAAGCUCAGUGCAAACGCUCUUCUUGUCUCCAGCAUGGCACUUAAUCUUCAGGCUGUCUGUCAGCUGGCUUUCCUGAGCCUCUGCUGCUUGCUCACUGCAGUGAGGGAGACAGACGGCACGUAUGUCCCGGGAAGAUGUUUGUGUCCAGAGACGAUAAGAAGUGUCAGGGGGCAACUAUCAGACCUUAAAAUCUACCACAAAAGUGCCACCUGUAGCAGCGUCACAGUCAUAGUGACGCUGAAGAGGACCAACUCAAACGUGUGCCUGAAUCCAGAAGCACCGCUGGGCAAACAGCUGCUGCGAUGCUGGAAUAGAGCUCAGAAGUUGGGCCGCGAUGUGAAGGUUUGUCUGCGGAGGAGGAGACGGAGAGGUGGUCAAAGUCAGAGGCUCCAGCAGAAGGCAAGGAGGCACGCCAGAAGAGGAUCGUCCUCAAGAUCGAACUAAACCUGCAGCCUCAUAAGCAGCAUAAAGCUACUGUGUGGAGACAAGUGUGUAUGGACUCAUUGUUGCUGCACUGUGGACUCUGUUGGAAGCUGCAGUUCAGGAGUGCACGUUCAAAACCUUUUCUAUCUAUAAGACUAAAGGUCAUCAUGCUCCCUUUUGUAUUUAUCAGAGCUAUAAAUCUGUAUUAGCUAGCUGCAGGGGGCUACACGGACGGAUUUCAAUUCUAAAAACAAAGCCCUGGAGGCUUGGCAUUAUAGGUGACAGGUUUUGCUUUGAAGCAUAGUAAAAUAGUCAGUGAACUGUUUAUGUGUAGCUCUGUACAAGCAGCUGGAAAGACUUGUGUAUUUAUUUUUUAUAUAUGAAAGCUUUUUGAUGUUGUUUUGUUAAUAAAUGUAAAAGAACAGA